UUUGGCCCAGUAAACAUGUUAAAGCCCGACCAAAUUGACCUCACCGAGCACCAGCGGGAGGCAGAUCAGGCGAGGAUCUCAGGCUUUUGCGGAGGAGGAGGAUGAGCGUGAGUUUGCUGGGAGACGACGGUCGUGGUUACGAGCUUGCUCGGAGACUGGAGGGAUGCGGUGCCUGGAGGUCUUGGCUCGGCGAUUCCGCCUACUCCUCUUUCGCCCCCUCCCUCUCCUCCCCUUCGGCUUGGGACUCCUUCAUGUCCCCUCCUCCUAUUAAUAGUAACAGCCAGGAUCAGAUCCAUCUCCAGCUCAGAGCUCGAGCUCUCCUCUUCGAUAAAGCCUCUAUUUCUCUCUUUCUAAACCCUAGCUCCCCCUCCUCCUCCUCCUCCUCCUCCUCUUCUUAUUCAAUUUCUCACCUCAAUCCCCAAUACUUUCAAUUGCAUGGGGAUGAUAUAUUCUUCUCGUUAGAACCUCAGCAAGAAGAGGAUGAGCUCCAUAAACAGGCUCAAUCAAGACCAGCAGGCAAAGCUAGUGGACAUGGUUAUGGUCAAGCUUCUGGUGUUGGAUCAAGAUACAAUAAUCCUGAAAAUGUUAACUUAUCCCAAAGACACAGACAGGAAGAAUUACCAGAAACCUGGUAUAGUCAAUAUUCUGAGAAGUUUAAAGCAAAAUAUCACAUGCUCCCACAUGGUGACAAGGAAUCACUGAAGCGCACGUCUGAAGGUAUGUCUGCAUACCUUCAACUUCGGGAGGUUCACAAAAGAAAGAGGCUUGCGUUUAAAGACUCAACGUCGGAGAAUGGAUCUUACAUGCCUCCAAAAAUAAUUCUGGAUGCAAAUUGCUCAACUCAAGAAGAGAUCUCAUUCUUUCCAGAAAUCAUGUUCCCAUCGAACUGUGUACCUGAUAGUCCUGUCCCAGUGAGAAAUGAGAUGGAGAAGAAUCAGAAAACAGAUGUUUAUGAAAUUCUUGAUAAUUUACCCACUGUAGCUAGCCGGAGUACAGCAAUGAUGGAAAGAUUUGGGAUAAGGCCAGACUACAUUAAAGUGGGAAGCAAAUAUAGGGGAAUAGAUGGAUCAGGUUGUGAGAAGAAACCUCUGUGUGAGGAGCAAGCAUCCGCAAUGAACCACAAGAUAGUAGCCCGCUUGUUAGUUAAUGCAGGUUUUGAAGGGGGAACAGGAUCUUCCAUUGAAGUGUUUUCAGAAUUUUUUAGUAGCCAUAUCUGUAGACUAGGCCGCAUGUUGAAGCUUAUCACAGAUAGCUACAGAAAGCAGUUCUCGUCCAUUAAACUCCUUCAAAUGUUUCUACAAACUGCUGGGUACAAUAAUCUUGGAGGUUUAAUAGAAUCAACAAAGGAUGGUAACAAGGGAAUCAUAACUCAGACACCGCAACAAAUUCGUGCAGUCCAGUCACAGCAUCAGAAUGCUCUCCUACAAGCCCAAGCUGCCCAACAUCUCCAGAGGCAAAUGCAGCCUCAGCCUCAAAUGAAUAUGAUGCAUUCACAGACCUUGUCAUUUCAGCAGCAGCAGCAGCAGCAGCAGCAGCAGUUGGAAAAGUUACGCAGGCGCCAAGCAACCACGCCUCGGAGUUCUGUAAUGAUGAUGGACAAAAGCCAGCAGCCAAUGGUGGAUGUCAAGAUUGAGAACUCGAUGGAGUCAUCCCCAAUUGAUGCUGCCACAUUCAAUGCCCUCAAUAAGCAACAUCCAGUGCAACUGAGACAGCAACAGUUGCAGCAGCAACAGUUUCAGCAGCAACAGAUGGCCAUGGCAAACCACAAUGCUGCGCAUUCAGGCCAGCAACAGUUCAGACAAUUACAGUCUGCACAAAUUUCUCAGCUUCAAAUGCAGAGCGCAUAUGGCAUGAGGAAUUCUCCUGUGAAAGUAGAGGCAUUCCAUGAGCUGAUGGGUGGGGAUUCAACAUUGAACCAUGAGCCUGAGCAUAAUAAAUUAGCCUCUCCCUCGAAGUAGAAACGGGGCGUACAUAGGUGGUAAUGCGAUCAUUUCUGGAGGAUCAAUUUACUUACGUUAUAUGGUGUGGGCAGAAGGAGCAAAAAAUUCAGAGGCAACUUUAUUGUUUUUUUCCUUUUACCCUCUUCUUUUGAGUUCUGUAAACAUAUACGUCUGUGUUGUAGAUUAAGACUCAACUUCCGUUGUAUUUAUGCCGUCACAUCGAAAACAUUAAGUGUUGUAUAUAUUACAUUGUAGAAUGGGUAGAAAACCUUCGUUUUGUGAAGUUCAAAGAAGUGCAGCUCUUGAUUGCCUAAUCGUGCA